AUGGGAAAGACACAGAUCAUAGCUGAACUUGAACUGCUGCCAGUGCUUGCGGGUCUCUCCCACUAUGCCGAUGCUGUUCGAGGUAGGAGGGUCUUGUGGUUUGUGGACAACAACUCUGUUCGAGACAUGUUGGCCAAAGGCUCUUCGCCGGCCACCCAGCUUUUCACCAUGUUGGUAGAAGUAGGUCGGCUCACCCAUAUAGUGCAGGCCAUGAUUUGGUACUCACGCGUGCCUUCUAAGAGCAACAUUGCUGAUCUCCCUUCUCGACAGUUGCCUGAGCAAGCGGCCAGGUUAAUCAAAGGGAUUGUUGGCCCCAAAUUGUCCUUGGGAGAAGACUUGGUCAAGGUGUGCGUCGAUGCAGCCUCUUUCAUUGACUUCAUGGAGCAGAUCGUUAGUCGAUGA